CCUUUUGUUGUAUGUUUUUUGUACUCCCUUUUACUUGUUAUGUUUCGUUUCUCGAGAGUCAAUUUGCAUGGACUAUCAACAAUAUUUUAAGAUAGUAGAGUUUUUAAUUUAAAAUUCAAAAUAAUGAAUGAAUUUUAUUCAAUUUAGCUCUGAAGAUUAGUCAAAUUCGAUUUUGUAAAGCGAGACGUGACAAGUAAAAGUGAACGGAGCAUCCGACAAUCGUUCAUGGAAUCUUGUACUUUGAUGAUUUGUCAUGUUGUCUGCAGUAUCUUUUUUUUUUUCUUUUUUCCAUGGCUUCUUUACUUGGUUAAUUCUUUUUCUACACUGCUUUGAACAUUUUUCAUUGAGCUAAAGGUCUAUCAGAAACAACCUCUCUUCCUCCAAGGUACGAGUAAGGUUUCCAUACGCGCUCUACAUUCCCCAAACCCCACUUUGUGGUAUGAAUGUAUUAUGUUUAUAUAUAGAUAUGCAUACACACAUUUAUGUAUAUAUGUUUUUGUAAGUUGUUAAGUGAUGAUCAAAAGUUGUUACUCUUUGGUUUUACAUGCUGAGCAGUGUUGUGAAUGUCGGUUUCCACGUCGCCAAUGGCGAGAGGCGAGGCGAGGUGAGCCUAUGUCACCAUCUGCCUUUGUGGCGAUGCCACCUUCGAAAGGUGACCAGGCGACUAUGGCAAGAAAGGCGAUGCCUUUAUAAAAAAAAAAAAUUAGGGGUUUAAAGGAUAAAAGGUACAUUGGGGUUUCAAAGAUGAGAGGCUAUAUAAUGAAAUGCAUGUUUGACUUGAAGAUUAUGAAAAUAUUGAAGAAGAAUAAACUUUUAUAGUUUUAGUAUUGCUUGUUUUAUGGAUCGUUGAGUCAUUCAAGUUCUAGACUUUUAGUAGCUACAAUAUAUUUUAAGUUUUUGAAUUGAAAUAUUUGCUAAUAUAUUAUUGCUAUUGAGAUUUUUGAUUAUUUAUUUAUGCAAUUAAAUAUUUUAAUUUUUUGGUAUUAAUUGUCGCUUACCUCAAAAAGGAACGCUUCGCCACUUGCCUCACCGUGUGGCAAGGCAGAGCCUUGUCGCCUUUUGCCGCCUCUCGCCGUCCAAAACACUGAUGCUGAGCGAUUUCUUAUCAAUGUUACUGCUUGCAUUGCUAAGCGUGCUCCUCUCACCUUGAUCUCUUCAAAGUUUAUAUUUUCAAGUUUCACUAGAGUACCUUGCAGUUGAUCUGUGAUUUUCUGUUCUCUCUUAUUAUUAAGAAACGGUAGUUUGUCACUCUUUCUAUUCAAAUCUGAAAUUUUAUGUCUGGUGAUUAAAAGCAAAGAGUUGCUCAACCUUCUAUUUUGGUUCCUGGUUUACCCAUGGUAAAAGACAACCUCCACAUAGAUCCUUGAAAAGGCAUAAUGACGGAAUAAAUUGAAGAAGGUUUACUGUUUUCGUUGCACCUGUAGUACAAUUAAUCAUUGUUUUGGGCCUCAACAACUGCAACAGCUCAGCAGUAUAUUGUGUCCACCAUCAGGGAACAUGUUAAAACUUUUACUCUGGAACGAAUCUUAACUUCCCUUAUAACAGUGUUGCUACCCACAAGGAGGAUGAGAACACUUAGGGGUCGUUUGGUUGGGAAAGGGUUAUCCCAGGAUAAUUAAUCCCGGGUUAGUUAUUCCGGGACUAGUUAUCCCACCAUGUAUAUGGGAUAACUUAUCCCAUCACUAUGGUAUAAAUGGUGAGAUAAAGAGUCCCGGUACUAACUAAUACCUCACACCAAACAUGGGAUAAAAUAAUCCUUUAUUUUAUCCCGAGAGUAUAUAUUCCUUAUACCUCACACCAAACGACCCCUUACUUUAAUAUCAACUAUCUUAGACGUUAUAGCAAUACUUAAAUAUCUCGCCCUAAGUUUGGUGGUAAGGCAGUGGGUUAGGAUACAUAUCCACAAAAAGUACAGAAAUGUUGAUUUUAAGUGAGGUAGAACAUUUGAAGUUCCGGAAAAUAGAGAUAAGAAGGAUAUCCAUGAGAGCGUAAAUGUGUCGAUUAUCACAUUAUUUCGAUGUAGUUACUAGUCCUUCCGAAAAAUAGAGAUAAGGAGGAUAUCCAUGAGAGCUAAGUUGCUCGGACUCUUCAAAAAUGUCUACGGGUGCGUGUCGGAUCCUCCAAAAAUAGUGUAUCUGUGAAGGAUCCGACACGGGUGCGGCAACAUUUUUGGAGAGUCCUAGCAACUUAGCAUGAGAGCAUAAAUGUGUGUCGAUUAUCACAUUAUUUCGAUGUUGUUACUAGUCCUUUAUUGUAAGGCUCUACAUUGCUUUUCUUACUAUUUACACUUUACCCGAGGGUCUUUCGGGAACAGUCUCUGUACCUGCAUGGGGUAGGGGUAAGGUCUGCGUACACUCUACCUUCCCCAAACCCCACUUGUGUGAUUUCACUGGGUAAGUUAUUGUUGUUGUUAUUAUUUGUAUUUAAAUGCAAUGCUUUAUUGUGCUAUUUAUUUAAGCUGCCUAAUUUUAUGAACUCAGAAACAUCGGGUCAUUGGAAUUAUGAAGUUCUUGAUAAUUAAAACUCUGUUAUGCUGUUGACACUACGUAGAUGAUCUUCAGCUCAAGUUGUAUUAAAUCAUUGUUCUUUCUGAUUCUUUUUUUUUUUCGAUUGGGGAGAUGGAGUUUACUUCUCAGUUUUCUUCAUACGAGCACCGACAAACAGAGAUAUUCAGACAUAUAUAUACAUGUAUGUUUGUAUAGAUAUCUACACACACAUAUGGAUGUAUAUAUGUUUGUGCAAGUUGUAAAGUGAUGAUCAAAAGUUUUGGAGGCUGUUGUUUAAGCUGAAAAGCAAGCUGCAAAGGACUUGCUACGUGAAAAGAAGAAAGAUAGAGCCCUUUUAGGAUUAAAAAGGAAAAAAGUGCAAGAAGAAUUAUUAAAGCAAGUUGAUGUCUGGCUCAUAAAUGUUGAGCAGCAAGUAAGCAAUUCCUGUUAAAUACUGUUCCUUACUCUGUCACAACUUGGUACUCUUUCUUUUAAAAAAUUCAUUUGCUUUCUGAUUCAUCUUACAAAUUUGUUUAGUUGGCAAAUAUAGAUCUAACAAGCAAGCAAAAGGCUGUGUUCGAGAGUUUGAAGUCUGGAAAUAAUGCAAUUAAAGCAAUACAAAGUGAGAUCAACCUAGAGGAUGUUCAAAAGUUAAUGGAUGAUACAGCAGAGGCAAAAGCUUAUCAAGACAUAAGCUCUUUCACAAUAUAUGGUUCUUUUUAGUCUUGUGGGAUCUAGGAAAUUCAUUCAUACGCGUAGGUUAUAGUAUAUGCUCAUGCUCAUGGUAAAAGAUAAAACAAGAAAUAAGAAACUUCUGCUUGAAAUAUUCAGGCUCUACUUUGGGGAAAUGUUGCACUCCAGGAAAGUUCAGUACACUUUAAGUACGAAACUUGAAAUGUCAAGGAAAUUGUCCAUCUGAUGUCAUAUCUGCAUAUCAUGAAAUUCUGUUUCAUUUCGAACAUCAGAAAUGUCUUGUCUUGAUUGAAAUGGCAUAAUGGUAGUAUGAGGAAAUGAUCUUACUUGCUCUAUAACUUUUUAAAAGAUGUUACUUGCCAUAUAUAGUAGCCAAUCAACUAUUGCCCUGUUCUUUGCGUUUUAUGUUCAUAAUAGAUUUAUUUUUUGUGAAUGUUACAUAAGGGAAAGGACACUGGGAAGAUAACUUGGAUAAUUUGCUCCUUCGGUGCAAUAUAUGUGAAGCAAAUUUCCAUUUUCUGAUGUAAAUCCCAUUCCUCUAUCGUAUCUUCCCUAUUCCCAUUGAACUUUCUUUUCCAAACUGUAUUGUUGCCUUCAUUAUGCUCAUACCAAUGCACCUGUUCCACAAAAGGUCUAGGUACUUCAAAUUGUUUGUUGACAUGAACAUCUGUGGUAAAACCUCUGGAAUUGUUUCAAUCUUGAACCUUGGACAUAUGCGAUUGUCUGAAUCAGAAUUCUUUAGGAAGAAUAUCUUUUAUCUCAUGUUAGCAUACUCCAGUCCCCUUACGAUACUUCUCUUAGCGGGUUAAUCAUACACUUCAAACGUAUCUAGCGAUUCCCAUGGCAUCAUUGAGAAUCAGCAAUACACUAAUGCCCUCGUUGUCUACAUUGGGAACUUGAUUAAGGAGCAGACCUUUUAUUUACAUAUUUUCUAGAAUCUGAAACGAACUUUUUAUUGCAUGUUCUCUUAAUUCUGGUUAGGUCCAAGGAGUUGUUCUCAAUCUGAGUCAUUUGCAUUUACUACCUAACCUUGUGCAUAACUUUUGCAUGAUCUCAUUGUUACUGGUAAGGUACCGAGUUCUCAAUCAGAGUCAUUCACACACUUACAACCUAACCAUGUGGAUGACCUUUUUCUUUUUCUUUCUUUGAUACAUAACUAGUUUGAUGCUGUAUCUGCAUAAAAUUCAUAAUUUUGAUAGGUGAAGGCUCACGAUUCAUGCACUUUGGUCUCACUAGGUGCAAUGGAUGAAGUUCAUAAUUUUCUGUGACGCUUUUUACUGAUAAAAAGAAAAAGAAAAUCAUAUGGCGCUUUUAUUGUUAAUGGGUUGGUUAUUGAAGGAAAUCAAUGCAAUUCUUGGAGAGAAGCUACCUGCAGAAGAUGAAGAGGAAGUUUUAGCAGAAUUUGAGAAUCUGGAAUCUCAGUUGCAAGAUCUGCCAGAAGUUCCUUCUGCAGCGCCAUCUGUUGAAAAUGUGGAAGAGGAAUUGGAUCUUCCUGAUGUACCUACAAAACCUCCAGUCAUUGCAGAUGCUGUUAAUGAGGAUGCUCAAGAAACUUCAGCUGGGAUUACUGAACGAAAGAAAGUUAUGGAGGAACCAUUACCUGCAUGAUCUCAUUGCGUCUUGGUUCAUAGCGUCAAGCUUGGAGACACUAAUAAAGUCCUUUUGAAAUUAAAGGAUCUCUAACGUCAUGUAACAUAGACAGUUCUUGGUCACUUUCUCGCAGAUUUAUUGUAUUUUUCUCUUGCGCCUGUACAGAUCCUCGUCUUAUUUCUAACAUCACAUUUGGGAUAUCAUAUUUUAUACAGUGUGUUUUCUGUCAUA